AUGAUUGCGCCAGCCGUAGGAUAUUUAAUUGAAGGUAAUGGUCCAGAACCAGCUCAAGUUUUUGAUUGCAAUGUUCCAAAUUUAUUAGAAGGUGUAUUUGAUCUUUCAGACAAUGAUUCAAUUUAUUACAGAGAAAACUUUUUAAAUAUUCAACAUUAUAACUUUUUAUCACCACCAUCAUCACCAAAUGGACCAAUAGGUAUUUCGAUUGUAACAGAUAAAGAAGGAAAAAAUUAUUUAGCAUUAGUCAGAACACAAGCAGGUAAUCAAAGAGUUAAAAUACCAAUCGAAAAUAUUAAAGCAUCAUGGUGGAGAAGAAUAUUUAGAACAGGUCCAAGUCCAUAUGAUAUAUUAAAAUCAAUAGGCAAUUAUAAUGGAUUAAAAUUAAUUACAGAUAACGGAGUAUCACAAGCAUUUAUGAAUCUCGAAGAGAAACAAACAAUUAAAGGAUUUAAAUUUGGAAUUUUAUAUGCUCAAGAGGGACAAAAUAAAGAGGAUGAAAUGUUUUCAAAUGUUAAAACAAGUCCAGAAUUUGAAGAGUUUUUAGAUUUUAUUGGUGAACGUGUACCAUUAGAAGGAUGGCAACAUUUCAGAGCAGGUCUUGAUGUUCGUACUGGCACAACAGGAUCACACUCAAUAUAUCAACGUUGGAAUAAUAACGAAGUUAUGUAUCAUGUAUCAUGUAUGUUACCAUUCAAUGAAAAAGAUAAACAACAACUUGAAAGAAAACGUCACAUUGGUAAUGAUAUAGUUGUCAUCGUUUUCCAAGAUGGCGAUACUGUUUAUCGUCCAACCACCAUUAGUUCACGUCAAGUUCACGUUGUACUCUUAGUUAAAGCCACCACACUCGAAUCUGACCCAGGUCAACGUUACUAUAAAAUGGCAGUCGUCUCCAAAGAUUCUGUCCCUGAAUUUGGUCCUGCUAUGCCCUCAAAUGGUCUCUUUAAAAAAGAUCAAGCUUUCAAAGAUUUCUUUUAUGCAAAAUUAUUAAAUGCUGAAAAAGCAAGUUACACUGCUCCAAUUUUAGGUGUAAAAUUAUCUCGUACUAGAGUAGCUUUAUUAAAAGAUGUUUCUGAAGUUUUUGUUAAAUAAUAAAAUUAAAUAAUAAAUAAUAAAUAAAUAAAUAAUGGAAUGAUAUAAAUAAAAAAGAUUCAAAAAAAAUUUAAAAAAAAAAAAUAUAAUAAAAAAAUAAAAACAAUAUAUUUAUAUAUAAUAAAUUAU